AUGCAAACCGAGAAUAAAAAAAAUAAUUUAAUAGAUAAUGCUAUUGGUGGAACAACAAAUCGUCGAUCAAAUAUUGAAUUAAUUAAUCAAACAACAAAUAAUCAUGUUAUUGAUAGAUAUAUAUGUGGAACAAGAGUUGUACGUGGUCCCGAUUGGAAAUAUGGAAAACAAGAUGGUGGAGAAGGACAUGUUGGAACGGUAAAAUCAUUUGAAAAUGAAAAUAAUAAUGAACAACAAGAAGUUAUCGUUGUUUGGGAUCAUGGUGAAAUUGGACGACAUUAUCGAUGUCGAACACAGUUUGAUUUAAGAAUAUUAGAUAAUAGUGCAACGGGUAUUUAUCAUGAUAAUUCAGUUUGUUCUGGAUGUGGACAAACUCCAAUAUAUGGUAUUCGUUGGCAUUGUGGUGAUUGUCCAAAUGUUGAUCUUUGUUCUAUGUGUUAUCAUAAUGAUCGACAUAAUACUCGUCAUCGAUUUUGUCGUAUUGUAACUCCACAUGGUGAAAAAAUUUUGAUUGAUCCAAGACGAAGAGCAAAAAAAUUAGCUUUCCGUGGUCUUUAUCCUAGUGCAAAAGUUUCUCGUGGACCCGAUUGGAAUUAUGGUGAUCAAGAUUCUGGAGAGAAAAAAAAUGGUAAAAUCAUUGAAAUACAAGAUUGGUCAAAAACACAUCCACGUAGUGCUGCUUAUGUAGUUUGGGAUAAUGAUCGAGAAAAUCUUUAUCGUGUAGGGUUUAAUGGAAUGGUUGAUUUACGUGCACUAACACCAGGCAAAGGUGGUCAUUAUUAUUCUGAACAUACUCCAUUACUUGGUGAAACAUAUUAUUCUCGAGAACAUUUAUCAUCUGGAUUAACACCUGAAAUGAGUCAUCAAUUUCAAGUAGGUGAUUAUGUCAAUAUUGAUUUAGAACUUGAAAUAGUUCAAACACUUCAACAUGGUCAUGGUGGUUGGACAGAUAAUAUGUUUGAAUGUUUGGGUACAACUGGUAUGGUACAAAGUCUUGAUGAAGAUCAUGAUGUUGUUGUUGUUUAUCCAAGUGGAAAUCGAUGGACUUUAAAUCCAACUUUAUUAACACGAGUUGAAUUAACACCCGAACAACAAACAGCUAUGCAACGACAACAAACAGCAGCUACUAUAGCACGAACAACAGCGUCCGUUAUGCCUAAUCAACCAUUAAAAGUUAAUGAUAUGGUUCAAAUAUGUAGUGAUUUAGAAAGAAUUAAAAUAUUUCAACGUGGACAUGGUGAAUGGGCUGAAGCCAUGGUACCAGCACUUGGAAAAGUUGGUCGAGUUGUUCAUUUAUAUGCUGAUGGUGAUGUUAAAGUUCAAGUUGGUGGUGGUUGUUGGAUUUUUAAUCCACUCGCUGUUACUAAAGUUACCUCAACACAUACUUUGGAAGAUGGUCAUGAAGAACGACUUAAUGCAAUGCUUAAAAAGUUAUUCAGUGCACAAAUUACUGGUGAUGUUCAUGAAGAACUUGUUAAAGCAUCAGCCAAUGUUGACAAAGAUGGUGAUACAUAUCUCUAUGAAGCUUUAAGACAUCAUACAUUAUUACAAUUAAAACAAUUACAAGAUGUUGGAGAUAGUGAAAGAGUUUGUAGUCAUUUAAGAAUAAAUUAUUAUUUAAACUAA